AAGAGCCAGAAGCGCUUUGAGUGGACGCAGCUUUUGCAAGACGGACGGCAAGCGCCCGCAGAAGAGGGGGAAACGGACGAAACUCUUCACGGGCUGGAUGAGGGACGAGGGCAAUGGCCACUGGACUUGGCGCUCGAGGAUGAGCUUCGGGUGGACCAUGCGCUUCGAAGCAAACAAUUUUAUAACCACCACCGAUAGAAAGCAAUGGACGGACAAUCAUGCACACAACCACCGAUAGAAAACAACGGACGGACAAUCACGCACACAACCACCGAUAGAAACAACGGACGGACAAUCACGCAUACAAUUUGUUGUUGCCCCUCCCACAAACUUGGAUUAGAUAUAAUGACGCCUACCCAGUCUAUGGGCAUUCUGCCCACCGACCCCAAGUCGACUACUCUCCUCUGGGAAGCCGUGCAAAAGUUCAAUUCUGGCUCGCCGAGCAUUCUUGACCGACGCUACAACAUGUCGAAUGCUGCCUCGAACGCGCGCACUAUCCUGGAGAAGCAUGGCGUCCAGAUUGGCAGCCUGCCAAUGGUAUCGAGAAAGCUGGAGCUUGCCCCUCUCGACCACGUACCACCAAGCCCGCUACGUAUCACUGCAGACUUGGGAAAUAUCAGGAGAUCCCUUGCAUUCCUCCAACAGACGGCUGCCCCGGUCAAAGAGAUCGAACUCUUUGCCAUGACGACACUCUUUCGUCAACAGGAUAUUGGCGCAGAUGCAGUCAAUGGUCCACUCCGAUUGGUCGGCGAGCGCACAGCCCCUUCAAAGCGACCUAGCUCUGGACCGCUUGCUGCGAGUACACGCUUACUAUGGCUCGCACCCGAACCGGUGAACCCUGGGAAUGGCGACAAUGCUUCUCAAUCCAAAUCCAAGUCGAAAGUAUCGAAGCAUCCCGGCAGCAGGGGGACCGAAGAGCCUACACCCUUCUGGAAUGCAAAUCCGCAAUGCAUCUACGUCCUCGACGAUAGCAUGUUCCAGUCGGCCUUCCGCUCCCAAGUGAAUAUAUUGCCACUGUUCCGCCAGCGAGGCAUGUACCCCUACCUCACCGUCGAGGUCGUCGACUUUCAGGUCAGCGGGUUGUCCUUGGACGAGGUUAUACAGAAGCGGCCUUCCCCCUUCAAGUUCGGUGUGCAGGCCGUCUACAAUCGGUGGAUGCUCUGGGAUUCCGUCAAUGCGAGCGAAGAACCCGAGAAUGCUGCAGGUGCAUGUGGAGAUGAGACCAACCUCCCGGACGCUGACUGCUUCGCGGAUCGCUUUCGCCAUUUCUUGUUCCUCGUCUCGCUCAAGGAUUGGUGUCUUGUCCAGAUCAAGCCCAAGGCGGACAUCAAGGGCCCAUGGGCUGGUGUUCGUAUGAGCCAAUGCACGUCAAACAAUUUCGGCUACGGACUGGACGACUUUGUGCAAGCGGUUCAUCAAGUCCACCUAUGGGGCGCAGGUGCGUACCAGGAUGCCUGCAAGGACGACAUCAAGGCAUUCUACAAUCGACUGGGUGGUGACUCGGACAAAGUUUCUCCGCGGACGGGGGAGAAGGUGAAGAGAGAGAUUGAUUGAUGAGUCUGGGGCAGCUUGGGGUGAACAUUGAUGAUGCUUACGGCCUUGGGCCGCCAAAGCGAUACGGCGAGGACAAGGACAGGGAGGGCUGAGAUGUAGCUGCGCUGGGUUCCUUGGUACUUUGGUUGAUUGAGGGAGCCAGCCACGAGAACGCUGGGAGAUGUUUAGGGACCAAUGCUGAACUCCGUAGUUAGUAGCACUUAUCUUACCCUUCCGUGUAGAGAAAUCCAAAGAGCAUUCCCA